AUGCCGAAGGGACCUCCUAACCGCAGGUCUAGCUACCGAGCCCGGCCAUAUGGUAACUGGAGCGUUACCUACAGCCAACAUCCUCAGCAAUCGGACUUUGAUCACUUACCCGAUGCAAACAAUGAAAAUCAAGAUCCCACUGUCCAGCACCCCGUUGCUGAAGCCGAGGGAUGUGCCCCUGAUGCGAACACGCAGCCCGUCCAGGGCACCACGCACCAGGAAAACCCUCCCAUUGCUACGACCGACGAUGCCAAUACCUGGGAGAACCAGGAGAACCAGCCUCCCCGCGGCCCCCGCUACGGACCUUGGAGGCGCCCGUACUACGACAGCUAUCGACCCUCCCGCGACAUAACCAUGGUGGAUAGCAUGGUUCUUCAGUCUAUCGGGCGAACCGGAAGUCGUGCCCCUCCGGGCCUUGCAAUACAUAGUAACAGUCGUGGUGGUGGCACUCAGUUCGACGUGUUUACCAAGGUGCCCAACACCUCAAAGACCAUCGCCUUUCGCGUGGAAAGCGAAGAAACUCUCCUCCAGGCCUAUCGCCAAGUCAAAGCAAUGAACCCUUCUACUUCUGUCGGAGGUGUAAUGUUCAGUGUUGCGCCCAAACCCGAAUCUCCCUUCACUGAGAUUGACAACGUUCGCUGGGGAUCACUCACUGGGCGACGUAGCUUCGCUUCCCGAUUUACACCUGCCUCCUCGCGAGCUUUUCGAAAUGGAAGAACCUGGACUCUUAAUGUUUGA